AUGGCCUUCCAGCAGACCCCUCCUCAUCUGGCCCGGUGGUUCGCUCUAUGUCUCAUCCUAGUCCUGGAGGUCUGUGGAGAAGAGCCGGACUCUACCACUAGGCGUACUGGCGGGGGGACUCAGUGUGGGGAUUACAGCAACCAGGUGAUGGAGAACGGGAUGUGUCAGCUGGUUGCCACCCUGCCACAGCUGGACGACCAGAAGUGCCCCGACAUGUUCCGCUGCACGGACGAGGUCUCCUAUUGGCUGCACGAGAACGAGGAGAGGAAGCAGCAGAUUCUGUCUCUGAGGGAGACCAUCUCAGAACUCCAGGAAGAGCUGAGGAACCACAGGCACCGUGUCAAGCUUCUGGAAUUACAGGGUGAGGAGAAGAACCGUAUGAAUUCUUCCUUGGAGCAGCGCUUCCAUGAGUUGGAGGUCCACUAUGCAGAAGCCACCACCCUACUGCACAUACAGGGCACUCUCAUCUCUGAUAUGCAGACCCAGGUCCAGAACCUGACCCUGUUGGUGGAAAGAGUCCGCAGGAACCCUGGCUGUAUGAUCAACGUGGUUCACACCAGCCCCCAGAUGUCUGCGGAGGAGGCCCUGCACCCUGAGGUGCAGCAUGUGAGGAGCUGUCCCAUCGACUGUGCUUCCGUCUACCAGAACGGAGUGAGGCGCUCGGGCCUCUACACCGUGGUGCCUUCGCUGGGAGCCAUGCCUGUGGAGGUGUACUGUGACAUGGACACAGAGGGAGGAGGCUGGUCGGUGAUCCAGAAGCGCAUGGACGGCACGGUGAGCUUCGACCGCAGCUGGAGGGACUACAAGGAGGGCUUUGGGGACCUGCUCUCCGAGUUCUGGCUGGGCCUGGAGCACAUCCACCACCUGACGGUGCAGGGGGAGUACAGCCUGAGGGUGGACCUGGAGGACUGGACCAGCAAACACAAGCACGCACUCUACCAGAGCUUCAGUGUGGAUGGAGAGGAGAGCCAGUACCGGCUGCACGUGUCUGGGUACAGCGGCACUGCUGAGGACUCAUUCAGCUGGUACCAUGACAAGCAGGGCUUCAGCACCCCGGACACUGGGAACAUCUGUGCUGAGAUCUCUCAUGGGGGCUGGUGGUACAACCAAUGCUUCUACGCCAACCUCAACGGUGUCUACUACAGGGGGGGCAGGUAUUCUCCUAAAGGGAAGAGUCCGCUGGGUCCUGAUGGCAUCGUGUGGUAUUCCUGGAAGGAUUCUGAUUACUACUCCCUCCGCAAAGUCAGCAUGAUGAUCCGCCCGCGCACGUUCCGACCCCGCAUGUCGCCCUAAGUGACGGGAGGCCAUGUAACCAUGACAGCAGCAGGCUGUGGCUCAAAUGGUCUGACAAGAUGUCAUCGUGCACAGAAUGUUACAGUUUGGGGGUUGCCAGGUUUGGCGAGCAUAGGACCUGCCCAUGACAAGGAGCCAGGGCUUGAACUUCAUCCACGCCCUGAGUUCAGGUUGGAGGAAACAGGAAACCGGACAACUCGUGAUUUGACUUCCAGGUCAUUCCUUUCUUUACAAGACAUUACAUCCUUAAAACUGUGGCCACCAUGCAUACUGCACUGUGUGUAUACUGCAUACAUACAGUACGGCAUAUAUAUAAAUCAAUGUAUAUAGUGUACUGUAUAUUUAUGAUAUGUGACUUUAUAUGUUUAUAGUGUGGGUGGAUUUUUGAUCGUGUGUGUAUAAAUAAAUGAUCUGGUCAGAC